CGACACCCUGACUGAAACCCUGAAAACGUACGCUUUAAUCGGACGAGAAUAAGAUGCGGAUGGGCUAUCUACUACUACUUAUAUGAGAACCCUGCGCCAUUUUCCCAGUCUUUUAGCCCCCUCAUCGCUUGAAGGAGCUCAAUAACCACAUAUCAGUGGUUGUGUCCAGCAUGCCGCUUACUGCUGCUGGAAUCUCGUUUGGCCCCUUACUCGUAGGCUUUGCCGUCAACACAAUUUUGUACGGCGCGCUGGUCACAUCAGGACUCGUAUAUUUUUCUUCCUUCAAAAAUGACGGUCCAUGGAUACGACUUCUUGUGUCAACCCUUCUGUUGUUGUGCACCGCCAAUGUCAUCCUGCAGUUUGUCUUCUUGAAUGACACUCUCAUCAUUCACUUUGGUGACCAAUAUAGUUUGACCAGAGCCAACUGGGUUUUCUCCUUGCUACCAGGCAUCGCGGGUGUUGUAUCCUCCCUCGUCCAGUUUUUCUUCGCCUGGAGAAUCCGUAUUUUGACGUCUAGUGUCUGGCCAGUUGGAAUCAUGGUUAUUCUCGCGAGUGCUGCAUUCCUUUGUGGCAUUGGAACCACAGUUGCGAUCAAUAUGGUGCCCAUGUUUGCCCAGUUUCAUAGGUUCGAAAUCGUAUUUGUCGUCGGCCUUGCCUCUUCUGCUUUGGAUAACCUCCUGAUUACCGGGUUACUUGUCCGCUCCCUGAGUGAGCACAAAACGGGAUUCAUGGACACUGAUCAUAUCAUAAAAAAGAUAAUACGAGUCACUCUGCAGACCGGUCUGCUGACAGCAAUAUGGACCCUCAUUGACCUGGCCGUAUAUGUAGCGCUUACCGACGGCAUGCAUCUGGUCUUCAAUGAAUCUCUCGCACAAUUUUACACGAUUUCCGUCAUGUCGACGUUGAUAGCCCGUCCACGAGACCACGCUUACACCGACUUCACCGUUGUGAACGGAGACCAGACUGAGAGGAGGAUUGCCCAAAUUCCCCUUGAAUGUAGCAGAAAUACUGAUCGGAGAAGGAAUUCCGAGUUGGUUUUUGACGCGGUCAGCCUAAAGAAAUUCAACUCGGUACAUGUUGCCACGGACACUCAGCAGUGACUUAGAGUUAGAAUCCGCCAUGUACCAUAUGCACUGUAUUAUUAUGACAACCACAAGCACGCAGAUAGAGCACUGCAUCUGUUCUAUGUCCACGACAGUACAUCGACGUUCAUGCGCUCAGACUUACUGUUACAUAUACAGGCGGCCUCGU